CUGAGGCCGGGCGGCCGCGGGGUUGUCUGCGGGAAGCGCUUCCCCUCUCCCGGGGCUCGCCGUCCAUGUGCCCGCAGCCGGUGUGGCCUGAAGUCGGGAUGAAUUUCGGCGUGGUCUUCGCGUUCAUCCUCUCCCUGCCCCUAGCCCGCCUGGAGGGGGACCCCAUACCUGAAGACAUUUAUGAGAUUUUGGGUGGCAGCUCUGUGCGCUCCAUCAGCGACCUCCAACGUGCCCUGCGGAUAGACUCCGUAGAGGAGGAUACCUCAAACCUGAACCUGAAUGCAACUCAGCCUGGUCAAAACCCCGUGGCCCUGUCUAGAGAGCGACGAAGCCUGGAUGCUCUGGCAGCAGCAGAGCCAGCUGUCCUCGCAGAGUGCAAGACACGGGUGGUAGUCUUUGAAAUCUCCCGCAACAUGGUGGACAGCACCAACGCCAACUUUGUGGUGUGGCCACCCUGCGUGGAGGUACAGCGCUGCUCCGGCUGUUGCAACAACCGCAACGUGCAGUGUCGCCCCACGCAGAUCCGUGUCCGGCACGUCCAGGUGAACAAGAUUGAAUUUGUCCAGAGGAAGCCAAAAUUCAAGAAAGUCGUUGUGCCUUUGGAGGACCACAUGCAGUGUCGGUGCGAAGCGGUGUCCCGUCCACCCCCCCCGAGGAACAUCCGGCCAGGGACACGUGAACAGAGACGCUCGUCACCGUCGCUCACCACAGCCGCUGUCUCACAGAGGCAGCGAGUACGCCGGCCGCCGGCGCAGAAGAGGAAACAUAAGAAGUACAAGCAUGUCAACGAUAAGAAAGUGCUGAAAGAAAUCCUCAUAGCAUAGAAGUGCUGGCAGGGGAGAGAGAGCACAAGGUUUAUUUAAUAUAUUUGCUGUAUUGCCCCCAUGGGGUCCUUGGAGUGAUAACUUUUCCUCUUUGUCAGUCUGCCUCGACGUCUGAUUCAGACGGCAAUUGGUGCUUCCCUUUCCAUCAAUGGACCUUCUCCCACCAUAAGCCUCUCCCUUCUUUCAUCUAUAGCAUACUUUUAAAAUUUUACACACACAAAGAAAAAGGACAAACAUGGCCUAUAUAUAUAUAUACAUAUAUGAGAAAAGAACAAAAUACAAGUAAAUCCAUGAACCCUGGACAGCCACAACUUGCAACGAGGACAGGAAAAUGCCUUCCCUGCUCCAGAGGACAGGAUGGAAAAUGUGAAGAGGAAAGUGGGUCCAAUUUCUUUCGAGGGGAGGAGAAAAACAAAUGGACAGAGAGCAAAAGGGGAGUAUUCUCCCUUCCCCUUGUGUUUCUGGUGAGGCUGGGGGGCCCAGCUGAGAUCAAUACUUGCACUGGACCUACAUUUUGAAAACAGGCCUAUCUCAGAUUGCGAACAGCAACCCAUGAUGGAAAAUGCACUAAGGACUUUUAUCACCCUACCUGGACAGAUAUAUAUUUUUAACAUGCGUGCGUAUAUUUUAUUUUAAAGAAGAAAAACCAAAACCACUAAGAUAUACAACAUCUCGGGGAACAGAAAAGAACAAAAGAAAACAAAACAAAAAACAAAUAAGCCAAAUGCAUUCCCCCCCUCCCUUUCCCCUCCUGCUCCUGGUGCUGACUGGAAGGUGUUUGGAUUGUGGGGAAGGAGCAGACGGUGUCAGGAUCUUCUCCACACCCCCGGCCCCUGCCAAGGGGAGCCAUCUUUGCACAUGCUGGUGGAGAAUUCAACUUUCCAGGCUUGGACUCAGAUUAUUUUUAAAAUUUGCUCUG